UGCAGCCUGCUCUUCCUCCUCUGCCUCCUCCGGUCCUCCACCCGGCGUUAGUGCGCAAACCGGCCGGCAUGCAUUUGGAGAGAAACGUCCCCACCACGCCGGCGCUGGACUCAGCUGGAGAACAGAGCCGCCUGCAAACUGAUGCUCCAUCUGCGGGGAUCUAGCAGCAGAGACCGGGUGGAUAUCGGAGCUGCAUCAUGGGCGUUGGAGACAGGCAGAGCCAAAAUGAAAGCGGUGUAAUUCCACAGACAUAGGAAGGGCGGGUUGAGGUGGAGGGAGAACCCGAGUGGCCGUUGGAUCAGAGUUGACCCCGUGCGUAAAUUGAGGUUUGGUUGGGGGGUUUGUACACUGACACUGUACUUUUCCUCCUCCUGUCAAUCUCCACUGGAGUUGUAAAGGAUGGAGAAAGGCGCACAGCUGCAGCCGCAGCUGUCCAAGAGCGCAGAGAGCGCUGCGGAGGACGUCUCCAAAAUACACGAUGAGGAGCUGCUGAAGUGGAGCAAAGACGAGCUGGUGCGGCGGCUGCGGCGGGCAGAGGCGGAGAAGAGGGGCGUCAUUGUGGAGCACGGCAAUCUGAUGCGGGAGGUGAACCGGAGGCUCCAGCAGCAUCUGAACGAGAUACGGAGUUUGAAGGACGUGAACCAGAAACUGCAGGAGGACAACCAGGAGCUGCGAGACCUGUGCUGCUUCCUGGAUGACGACCGGCAGAAGGGGAAGCGGGUGGUGCGUGAGUGGCAGCGUCUGGGCCGCUACAGCGCCGGACUGAUGAAGAAGGAGGUGGCCAUUUACCUGCAGAAGCUGAAAGAGCUGGAGCAGCGGCAGGUGGAGAUCAUUCGGGAGAACCAGGAGUUCAAAGAGGUGUGCCUCAUGCUGGAGGAGGAGAGAGCUGCGGCUGUGGCUGAGGCAGGAGGUGGUGGUGCAGGUGGGCAUGUUGGCGCCGGCUGCAGAAGUUCUAUCGACAGUCAGAGCAGCUUGUCUCAGCUGGGUGGAGGUGUCCCAGCGGCUGGCCUCUUGCGAGACGUUGGUGAUGGGAGCAGCACCUCAAGUGCGGGAAGCACAAAUAGCCCAGACAACCCCAACCACAAAUCCCCUACUCCGGGCUCUACUGCCAGCCCCGGAUCUGGGCCGAGAUGUGUUUCCUCAGAGCAACCCAACAAACCAGGAGGUGUGUGUGAAUCAACAGGCAGGAGGAACAGCUCCACCUCAGAGUACCACACCUUCCCCCAGUCCUGCCGACCACGUGGAGGGUCCCUCACUAACCUGGACCCUAACCUGCUUUGGGGAAAUGGCCCGGAGAAACACAGCAAGUCCCCCACAAGGGUACCAGUUGACUCCCACCUCAAAACCUACACCUCUGACCUAUAUGCCCAGAAACAACUGCUACUGUCAGGGCAGGCAUCAGCAGGCUGUGAGAAAGGUUCAGCCAAUUCCAGCCCAGAGCUGAGUCAGAGACAUCGGCAGGUUAACAUAGGGGGGGCAAGCCGUGGGAUUCCUGAGGCCAAGCAGCCAGCAAUGGGGACGCCUGAGCACCUGCGUAAAGGGCGGGUGGUUGUGGGGAGUCCGGAGUCUACACGGCACCACUACCACUGUCAGCACAGCCCCGGGUUGGAGCACAGCAAGGGGAGGUAUAACAGUGGCUCCCCUAGAAGGGACGGUGGUCAGAGGAGGGCAGUGGGGGAGGAGAUGGCCCCUCACCACCAGAGUCUGUACAACGAGCCAAUUGAACUGAGGUCUUCGUUCGUCCCGCCUCCUCACACUUCCACUCCUUCCUUCACGGGAAGGGGCGCCUCCCGUCGGGCCCCCGCAAGUCUGGCGCGGCUGCCGGUGGACAAACUUGCGUGCGUCAGGGCUUCCGUGCAGGUGUGGGAGGAUCUCCUCGCCAGACCUCUCCCCGUCCUUGGCUGGCCCCCGCCGGGCAUAUUUCCUCCGUGGCGGUGCGGAGCAACCGGCUCUGGGUCGGCUGGAAAGGCUCGGGGCGGGAGGAACGAAGACCACGCAGAGAAAGGUUUCACAAAAGCGUCUGCAUUAUGGGGAGAUGGGGAGGCCCGCGACAGCCCCAGCCGCGGAGACACGGCGGUCUCCGAGUGA